AUGGCCUCGAGGGUGUUUUACUCGAGAACGGACCUCGAUGUUGAGACAAGCAGAGUGGGAUCUCUGUCUCGUACCUUGGAGAUGCAUGCGGAGUGGAGCAGGGGUGUGGACGACGAGGAUGGUCAACAGGGGUCCCGAAAGAGGCCAUCACCAACGAACGGGACGAGAGCUUGGACCGCUGGGCUUGGUUACACCGAUGCAAGCAAGUGGGCUGUACCAUAUGAGCGCAAGCGACGGGAGGAACGUACGAAAGAAAAGGUUGGGAACAAGUCCCACAACUUCAGUUGUCAUCUCAUUGGACGAAGCGAUGAAAGCCAAAGACGGACGACGGCCCAUUCAGCGUGCGUGCGUGCGUGCGUGGAAGUGGUACCUGGUAGGGUUCAGCAUCGCAUCAACUGGAUGAUGAACCCGAUUUAG